CCGAGGGCGGCCGCCAUGCCCUGCCCGCAGCGGGUCAGUCAGCUGCUGGAUCUAUGCCUUUGGUGCUUCAUGAAGAAUAUUUCCAGAUAUAUCACAGACAUUAAGCCUUUGCCACCCAACAUAAAAGACAGACUGAUCAAAAUAAUGAGCGUGCAGGGGCAGAUAACAGAUUCAAAUAUAAGUGAGAUUUUACAUCCUGAAGUCCAGUCUCUGGAUCUGCGGAGCUGUGAUAUUUCAGAUACUGCUCUCCUGCACCUGUGUAACUGCAGAAAACUGAAGAAAUUAAAUUUAAAUGCCUCGAAAAGGAACAGAAUUUCCGUAACUUCGAAAGGAAUAAAAGCUGUGGCUUCGUCUUGCUCAUACCUGCAUGAAGCGUCUUUGAAAAGAUGCUGCAAAGUCACUGACGAGGGAGUCCUUGCCCUCGCUCUCAAUUGCCGGCUGCUGAAGAUCAUUGAUUUGGGUGGCUGCUUGUGCAUUACGGAUGUGUCCUUACAGGCGCUGGGAGAAAACUGCGCAUUUUUGCAGUGUGUUGAUUUUUCAGCGACUCAGGUAUCUGACAAUGGUGUGGUUGCACUUGUUAGUGGACCUUGUGCCAAGAAAUUAGAGGAGAUUCAUAUGGGACACUGUGUGAAUCUGACUGACGAGGCGGUAGAAGCUGUCCUGACCUGCUGCCCGCAGAUCUGCAUAUUGCUCUUCCAUGGAUGCCCCUUGAUAACAGAUCAUUCGCGGGAAGUCUUGGAGCAGUUAGUCGGCCCAAACAAGCUAAAGCAAGUGACGUGGACUGUUUACUGAUUCUUACGGAAGCUUUAUCAAAGCUGUGCUCUUCACACCACUUUCCCAGGGAGCAGUGGUCUUUGAGGUUGGCUUUCCAGUAAUAUGAUUUAUGCCUUGACAUUAACCAGACUCUUCAGCAUUUGAAUCCUGCUGUUAUUCUGUGUUUGCUUGAUGAGUGAUUGUCCUUGAAACUUAGUCCUAGCAUGCCCUCUGAUGUGCUGGGGGAUGGUCCUGUGUUUGUUUCUUAAAUAACAAAGUUUUAAAUUACCUGUUUUCCCUGGGGAUUCAUUCUACCUAGAUAUUUGAGCUGUUACAAGAGAAAUUGACCAAUAUGGAUAAACAAUAGGAGAAUUCUAAGUAAAGAAACUUCUGUAAGCAUGAAUACCUUCCUAGCUUCCGGAUACUACCUUCCGAAGUAUUUAAAUGUCUGUUGGCCAAAAGCAAAGCUGAACAUCAGGCCUGUGAAUUCGCCAUGGAAUUUACUAUGUCGGUGAAACGAAGAAGCAUAAUGGUUCACUGUUGUAACUGUGAGGACACCACGUACCUCGGUCGUCAAGCGCCGGGGUGCUCCUGGGCCCUUGCCUAGCCGCUUGUUACGCUGCGUUUUACAGCUGCUCUUGGCAGACACGUGCUGUUCGUCUGUGGACUUUCUUCCUUAAAAGCUGCGGUCAAGGAUGUGUAAGAAUGAGUAAAUGCAAGCAUCAUCACGAAGCUUGCAUCCUGAAGCUCCGCUGGUUUCGCGCUGUGAAACACAGCCCGGGGCUCAGCUUUCCAGCGAAACGCAUCACCGGCUGCAGUCCCCAAAUCCCGGGUACUCCCUGUGCUCGCUCCGCCCCCACGGUCAGCACAUUCCCUGGGCGUGAGCCUGCGUCAGGGGCUUUCUUGAAGUUUCCUAUUUCAGCUCCGAUGUAGUGAAGAACAGGGAAAAUACGGGGUGGUAGACUUGCCUGCACAUGUUUAGAGGAAGAGUUUCCAUAUUUAGCUUAUUUCUUGUCCUUGUAAUUACCUUGUAAGUGUGACACGUUUACAGCAUGGAUGUACAUCCUGCCACUCACUGCAAGGGCGGUAUGUGUAUAUAUGUGCGUAAAAUGGGGAAGGUCUUCCACGCGUGGAAUUUUUGCUUAAGACAAAUUCAGUAAGAUUUAUUAUUGAAUACCCAACCAUGUCAAUAGCUUUUUCCCCUUUUGGGGAAACUGAUUUCAAGAUCUAAUGUGUCAGACUUUUAGGAUCGGUAAAGGAUUUAUCAUCCUGAAGCAGUCUGCAGCCUGACUUUCUAAAAAAUAUUUCUCGUUAUAUUAGCUGUUUCUUACCACGCUGUUUAAAAGUUUUAUCCCCCCGCCCUAUCUUACCUAUCCCUGUCACCCUUGCCUCUUUCUGUUUCCCUUUUCCAUCAGUCACCAUCUGACAUGUUUUAUUUUUUACUUCUUAUGUCUCCCCACCCUAGAAUGUGAGCCUCAUGAAGACAGAAUUUCUUUCUUUUUCUUUUUUUUCCCACUGGUACAUCUCCAAUGCCUAGAACAGUGUCUGGUACAGAUAAAGAACCCAAAUAUUUGUUGAAUGAAUAGACAA